AGGGAGAGGGAGACAGACAGAGGAGAGAGUGGGCGGGGAAAAUAGAGGAGACAGUGGUGAGGAGAGCAGCAUCUCCUCAUUGAUGCUGAGUCACAAAACAGAGAGAAAUCAGCUGCAUCCCAUGAGGCUUUGGGAAAAAUGGAGGAGCUAGAACACACCUGCCCUCAUCCCCGGACGACUCUCACCGAGCCUGCCAUCUUCGCCACGGAGACCAGCUGCGACUGUCGAGCGCCUCACGAGAAGCUCAGCAUCACGCAGGCCCGCAGAGGCACCCCAGUGGACCGGCCGGUCAGAGUCUACGCAGAUGGCAUCUUUGACCUGUUCCACUCGGGGCACGCUCGUGCGCUCAUGCAGGCCAAGAACCUGUUUCCAAACACCUAUCUCAUAGUAGGAGUGUGCAGCGACGAACUGACCCACAAGUACAAGGGUUUCACAGUCAUGACGGAACACGAGCGCUACGAAGCCCUGAGGCAUUGCCGCUACGUGGACGAAGUCCUGAGAGACGCACCGUGGACUCUCACGCCGGAGUUCCUCGAGAAACACAAGAUCGAUUUUGUGGCUCACGACGAUAUCCCGUACUCCUCAGCAGGAAGUGAGGACGUUUACAAACACAUCAAAGAAGCAGGGAUGUUCGUGCCCACGCAACGGACGGAGGGGAUCUCCACCUCCGACAUAAUUACUAGAAUUGUCAGAGACUACGACGUCUACGCCCGACGCAACCUGCAGCGGGGCUACACGGCUAAAGAGCUCAACGUCAGCUACAUCAACGAGAAGAAGUAUCGGCUACAGAACCAGGUAGAUCGCAUGAAGGAAAAGGUUCGAAAUGUCGAAGAAAAGAGUAAACAUUUUGUCUACCGGGUGGAGGAGAAGAGUCACGAUCUCAUCCAGAAAUGGGAAGAAAAGUCUAGAGAAUUCAUCGGCAACUUCUUAGAACUUUUUGGACCUGAUGGGACAUGGAAGCAAGUGUUUCAGGAGCGCAGUGGUCGGAUGCUGUCCUACGCUCUGUCUCCCAGAGAAUCGCCCUGCAACAGCCCCCCGCGUGAACUGUCCCCGCUGCGCUCCCCGUCCCCUCCGUCGCCCCCCGCCCGCUGGUACAACGCCCGGCCCUCGCCCCCCACCUCCCCCAAAGGCGCAUCGGCCUUGAUGAGCAGCAUGAGCGAAGGCGACGAAGACGAGAAGUAGAUGUGGAUUCAGACAGAAACGUUUCACUUUCAUGGUACACUGCCUGGGAACACUUCACCAAAAAAAAAACUAAGUAAAAAACAAAACGACAACAA